GAAAAGUGGACAAGCACAGAGUCUCUGACAACAGCCGAAGCCGUCGUGUGGAAUUUCUUGCGAGCGAAGGAAAAGCUCCAGACUCGGCUAGACCUGUACGGCUGUACGUAACCGGAGUAGAAGCAUAAAUCUGAGUAUGAAGGCACUCAUUCUUGGAGGUUAUAGCGCUCGGAUGCAACCAUCACUCACUUUCACCAUCCCAAAACCACUCAUUGAAUUUGCAAGUAAACCUAUUAUUUUUUAUCAGAUUGAGGCUCUUGAGGCUGUUGGAGUGACUGAAGUGAUCCUGGCUGUGAACUACCAGGCACAGGUAAUGCAGAACUUCAUGAAAGAACAUGAAACAAGGUUCAGAUUCAAGAUUACAUUCUCAAUAGAGAGUGAGCCACUUGGGACUGCUGGCCCCCUUGCUUUGGCUAGGGACAAGCUGAUAGAUGAUGGUUCUGGGGAGCCUUUUUUUGUGCUAAAUUGUGAUGUUUUCUGUGAAGAAUAUCCUUUCAAACAGUUGAUCACAUUUCACAAAUCCCAUGCCGGAGAGGCUUCUAUACUAGUAACCAAGAACAAUUUUGAGAUGAGGACGAACGACGAACAUUUACCCUAUGCUACUAUUGACAUGGACAAAUCCACUGGGAAAGUAAGGAGUUUUGUAGAGAAGCCAGACCCAAUAGACGGGAUCUUCAAGACAAUAAGCGUCGGGAUUUACCUGCUCAACCCUUCAAUCCUCGACGGAAUCGAGCCGAAACGGACGUCGCUAGAGAAACAAGUGUUCCCCAAAAUGGUAGCCGACGGGAAAGUGUACGGGUUGUGGCUGAAAGGGCUAUUUUGGUUGGAUACAUGGCUGAUGAUAGACCAGCAAAACUAUUACAUCAAUGGGCUGGUAAGCCAGUUGCGCAAUUUACGGAAGAGAUGGCCGCAGAAACUGGCUUCCGGCGCUCACAUCGUGGGAGAUGUGGUGGUGGAUGAGACGGCGGAGAUCGGAGAGGGAUGCAUGAUCGGACCGGAUGUCGCUAUCGGCCCCGACUGCGUCAUCGAGGAUGGGGUUAAGAUCUCGAGUAGCGCCAUCAUGCAUGGGACACGUAGCAGGGAGGGGGCUUCCGUUACGUAUAGUAUUAUCGGUUGGGGUUCCAGUAUUGGACGAUUGGCUAAGGUAGAGAAUUCCACCAUGUUUGCAAUCAAUUUUACAGUGGAGGUUUAGUUAUUCCUUAUUAGUUAGGUAGAAAACUAAGAAAUUGCAGCAAUUUUAGACCAUUAUUAAAAAAAUAAAGUCUUCAACCACAUUCCUUAUUA